GCCAAGCGAGUUCGAAUGGGCAACCUGGGUCGGCGCGCGGGGCGUAGCGGGGGACACAACGGUUCACAUCGACUUUACUUCUUGCGGUCAUCAGUCUUCACAAGGACUUGGUCGCAGCAGCACGUGAAACUGGAACCGAUGUCUGAGGUGGUACCUUCAGCGUGACGCGUGUGCUCGAACUGUGUGUGUGCAUGUAUAGUGUCUCUUUGGGAUUACUGAUGACUUAAGGCCAUGCCGAAGAUUUUCUUAAUCAAGAACCGGCUGCAGCGUCUGCUGGAGUCGGAAAAUGGUGGUACCCACAAGAACGAGAUCUUGGACGAUGCGCAACCCUUGUCCCUCACCGUCCACAAGGAAGAUCGAGACAAGCAGUCCGAAGAGGAUGGCAAAGGCAAGCCCACCACAUCCAAAUCUCCGAAGAAAGAAUCGACGCCGCCCAGGCGGUUCACGUCGUCGAUUUUGGGCGGCGACGUCCCUUAUGGCAGCCGCGGGCACGUCCUCACCCGGGCGGAGCGAAAGGAGUACGCCCCGAUCGUGCCCCCGGACAAAAUCACCCUUCCGGUGAAGAAGCCGCCCGAGGACGCCCCGAAGCCGCAGAAUCUAGCGCCGGUGCGGCAAUUUUCCGUGAUCCAGCGCACCCCCAAAGCCACCAAGAGGGAUGAGGAUAAGGAGGCGCGACUCCCGACGGCGCCGCUGGUCAUGCAAGAGCCCGAGCAGGAGCAGCCUAUCGACUAUCACAUCCCGAAAAGGAAAGGGGAGACGGAGGACGAGAACGAGGAGAGGAGGCUCCGGGAGCAGAGGCGGAGCCACUGCUCGAAAGUGAGCAAACCGCUGAUUUCCGUGCGCGCGAUAGUGGGGAAGUUUCCGGUGACAAUGUCCGCGGCGGCGGGGCACGGGCGGGGCUCGGGUGGCAAUCAGAGUUCGGCUAAUCAAUCGGCGAACUCGACGUCGGGAGGAGGGGGCGGAGUUAACUUUACGGGCGGGUCGACGGGUGGCAGUUCUGGGGGGACUUUGGGUGGCGGGACAGGAGGUGGCGGUAUGAAUCCGGGGCGGGACGGGAGACAGAAUUACGGACCGAGCAGUCCCCCGACUGGGAGUUUACCCCCGUUCUACGAGUCCCUUAAAGGUGGGAAUAACGGGAAUUCGUACAACGCGAGUGGGAAUUUUUCGUCGAAUUAUUUGGUGAAUAACCAAAACAUGGAAUGUGAUACGGGACAGGAACUUGCCAAUUUGAGUCUGAACGGGGGGCAGAGCCCUCCGAAGCAGUACUCGACGUUGCAGAAUGCGUCGUAUGGGAUCGUUAUGAAGGACGAAGCGGAUUUGGACUUGUACGAGACUAAGAUCGAUGCAAUGAAUCAGUUGCUUCCGGGGUCGUAUUCUGGGUAUGACGAUUCGAUGAUGGUGGACAUGGUGACGGGGGCCGUCGUGGACCCGCUGCAGUUCACGGCGACCUUAACCUUCUCCAGUUCGGCGGAGCACGCCCUUCUGGAGAGUCUAUCGGACGCGGCUGACCUUUCCACCUUCCUCCAACGCCUCCCUAGUGAAGAAAACGACAACGAAGAAAUCAUCACGAGUAACAUCCACUCCCCUUCGAUGACGUCCGACUCUUCACAAAUCCAGCAAGUCGACCAGAACCUGGACUCCUUCAACGAUCAAAUUCUCAGCAAUCGCGGCUACGAGGGUCGCAACUACAACCACCAAUUCUCGAAAAUGUACAGCGAAUCCCUCCCCAACUACCAGUCUUCGGUGAACAACGAAUCCCUCCAAGCUCAGAUGCACCAGCAGCAGCAACAACAAAUGCUGUCGCCGACGCUGAGUUUCAACGGCAGCGGCUUAGACUUGGACUCGCCGACGACGAUGUCGCUGCCGUCUCCCGGGGCGGCGAGCUGCUCCCUCGACGCCCCACACAACGACGGCGGCUCGAUCAGCCCACCAGCGAAUGUGAGUGGUCGACGUACCAGCAGCGGCAGCGAGGCGCCUGCCCUGCACGGCAGGGUAAACGUCUUGCAGCACAGGUUGGGCCUGCCCUCCGAGGUGCAGCUGGAGUUCGUUAACGGCGGCCACGGAAUCAAAAACCCCCUCGCCAAUCAGGAGACCGUGCGGCAGGGGCCGCGGACUGAAGACAAAACCAAAGUAGCGUCCAUUACGACGGAAGAUGGCCAGACCAACUUCUGCUGUCGGAUCUGCAACAAGACCUUCGCGCUGCAGCGCCUCCUCAACAGGCACAUGAAGUGCCACUCGGACGUCAAGCGGUACUUGUGCACCUUCUGCGGGAAGGGCUUCAAUGACACGUUCGACCUGAAGCGGCACACGAGGACGCACACGGGGGUGCGGCCGUACAAAUGCAGUCUCUGCGAGAAGUCGUUCACCCAAAGAUGUUCGCUGGAGUCGCACUGUCUGAAGGUGCACGGAGUGCAGCACCAGUACGCGUACAAAGAGCGGCGGACCAAAGUGUACGUGUGCGAGGAGUGCGGCCACACGACGAGCGAGCCCGAAGUUCACUACCUUCACUUGAAAGAGAAGCACCCUUACAGUCCUGCCCUGCUCAAAUUCUACGACAAGCGACAUUUCAAGUUCACGAAUUCGAAUUUCGCAAACAUGCUGCUGCAAUAAUUAUCAAGUUAUCUGCAGGAAUCGAAGAUUAGAUGAAAGGUAAUAAAACGGAGGCGAUGCCGCAAAUAAUGUCGCGGGACAAUAUUUAAAUCGGGUUAUUUGUGCAAUCAGGUGGAUGGAACUGGGUUUAUUAUUACAUAAGUGUAGGAUAGUUAAAUGAACUGUGUCAGAGGGGACGUAGUUAGAAUUUAGAAAUGUGCAAAUUUUGCGGGACGAAAUUCUUAACAAGACUAAUUUUGACGCAAACUUUGAAAUUUGGUGAUUUGGGGUGUGGUUCUUUCUGAACUUUAACACGUCCCCGACCAUUCUGGUGCUUCAUAGGGUAUGACUAAACUAUGGUGCUGCAGAAUGCUUUCGUAGCUUAAGGUGUGUUGUGAUUAUUUUUUUCGCGCUGUCCCUAAAAAAAUUGAUUACAACGAAUCAUUCUGCAAUGUUUUUUGUACUUUAGUCUUUAUUUCUUCUGUUGAAAGAGAACUUGUGUUUAUAUUGUAUGAAUGUUUAUAGUUUUGUAUAUAAAAAAUAUUUAGGUUUUAUCUACCUUAAGUAC